UGAGUGAAUGGAGAAAACCGCUAGUCAUAUGCUGAAGAUCAGUGUCUGACAAGCACAGUAGGAUAGUGCUGCCUACAUUCCUCUUUGCCACUUGGACGCCUUCACUUUUACUACUAAUCCUAAAAUAAUCUUUUUUUAUUUUAAUUGUUACUGAAAGGACAUGGCAGAGGAUAAAACAUUCCGCUACGGACUCAUUGUACUGGGCUUUUUCUUGAUUAUGAUUGGCAUGUUCAUUAUGAGUGUGGAUAAGCCCCAUGUCUACAUUACAUUUUGUUCUAUGGGCGUGUUCAUGGUGUGUGUCGGCAUCACCUGGAGCAUCUGCCAGUGUUACCCAAAGAUCACAUUUACUCCUGUGGAUAUGGAAUGCGUUCCAUUAUCAGAGAAGUCUCAUAUGUUUACUGCACCCCCAGAGAAGUCAUGGUCUACUACACCAUAUACAAGCAGCAAGGAAGCUGAGCGCUAUGAAACCACCCUACCAUCUUAUGAGCAGAUUCAUAUCAAGGUGGAGGAACUUGGAGAACCAAUGUUAGACCAGUCAAUACCUCCUUUCCCACAAGCCAUGAUAACAGGGCAUUCACAGCCCAAGGUGCAAGCCAAGGUAGAAAUACACAGGAAUUCUGUGGGCAAGGAGGAGAACGGAAUAGCGGACGCUAUCUGUCAAUCUGCACCCCUUGCUUCUCUGAAGGAAGACACCAAUGUGACAACAUCUGAUGAUGGAAGAAGUAGUGCUUCAUCUCUGACCAGUUCUGAUGAUUGGCAACACAAAGAUGGCGCUGCUGUGCAAUUAGGACGUCUCUGUGGAGAUGCCAUAGACACACCUCAGGGUGAUGCAAUUGAAAUGGUUGAUGCACAGUCUUGCGAGGCUGUCUAUCCAGGGGUGCAACAAGAAAGCUGCAAACUCCCCAACCAUGAGGACAAUUACAGCAGCAGAGAACAGCCGGGCAAGGCAUCAUUCAUGGUGGCUCCCACUCCGGACCCUGAAGAAGAUGAUCUCUACUAUGGAAUGAAAGACGAAACGGAUAAUUUAAUGCCAGGUUGUGAAUCAGACUGUGAACAAUAAUCAAAGUAGACAACUUCAUAGUUUUAUUUUCUGAAACUGAGGACAGAACUCCAUCGCCAUAUAGGCCAGUAUUUGUAAAGAUUGUAUUUAUUGCAUUCAUUGCAGGACCUUUUGUGCACAGGGGCUUUGAAAAUCACCUGUUAAAGUGAAGGUGGAUCCUUGCAAUUUGUACUCGCUUUAAACAGAUGGGCUGAUUGUGUCGGACAGAUCUCUUUUCAAAUACAGCCUCUUUGCGUCCGACUUAGCAUUGGCCCCAGAAUGUCUACAGCCUGUUCUUCUGGCCCUGUUUGUCUAACAUGUAUGUGUAGAUGUUUAUUCACUUACAGUAUUUUUUAGACUCUCAAGCUAGACGUGUGAACCCAGCUGAUCCAACGGGCGACGGGACCCUGAUUGCAGCAAGUGCAUACACACUUGCCAAUGCCGGAUUUGACGGUGGGAGCCACGCGACAUUCUGCAACAUGCCAUCGCUAGCGAAAUACGGGAGCGCGCAACUUUCUUGGGUACACCCUAGAUGAUGUACCCGGUUUCUUAAGCAGCAUUUAAUAAAUCACAAUGAGCACCAAUUUUCAACACGUACUGUAUGUGUACAAGCCCUAACAGUCUACAAAGCAACAACAAUUGCUGGCCGAGGGAACUAAUUAUGUUUUGGGUGGGGUUUUUUUGUGUUUUUUUUAAUUGUAAAUAUCGUAUAAAGGGGCCCAUUUAUCAAUGAGUUAUAGCUAUUUAGAACUCGUUGUGUGUGAUAAAUGGUGCUCCAGCCAAUCAGCUCCCAACUGUCAUUUUUAAAACACAUGGCAGGAGCUAAUUGGCUGGAUCUCUAUCAUACACAACAAGUUUUAAAUAGCUAAAACUCUUUGAUAAAUGGGCCCCAUGAUGUGAUUAUUGGGUUCCUUAAUUUAGUGUUUUAAAGUAGUUCUUUAUUUUCACAGUCUUGCAUUACAAUGUUACUUUAAUGUAUGAUGCCAUGUCAUUUUCCUU